AUGAGGGCGCUAGGCCCAACUCACUUUGAGUCCGCAUUGCUACUUUGUUUGCAAGGAAAUUGUCCAAAAAAUCCAGCUAGCGGGCCUAGUAAAGAGGUACAUCAUUUCGGCCCAGGGUUUGAGAUUGUUGUGACUAUUGGUCUUCUACAUGAAACAUAUGGAAUUCCUCCCUCUUUCUCUCGAACGGCGCCGCUAACUCCAUUUAACACCUUCCUCCACCUUCAAUCGUCCAACGCCGUAGUGCCGCCUCACACCACAUCAUUCCAUCCGCCUCCGAUCUUAUAUCUGCUUCGUAUACCUCGCCUAAGAUCAUUCUCAGACUCUCUGCAUCAUCACCAAUUCAACUCAGCUAAAUCUUAA